AUGGGGGAAGGGAGGGGGGAGACCUGUCCUUGUAUGCCGAGGGGAGCUGCACCUUUCUAUCACCAACAGCGUCGCCACCACGUUGUCGUGGUGCCGCCCAAAGCACAGACAUGCAACAUGAGCAGCCGCUGGACACGUGGCGCCGUCUCUCUGGGGGCCUCCGGCCUCCCGGGUCCCGUCCUCGACAUGGACGUCCUCGUGGCCUCGGGCCCGCCCUCAGUGUCAGAAAGAUUUAGACACUCAUUCCCUAGCCACUUACUUCUCUCCUUCCACAUCCCGCAUAUAGAAGAGGAGAUAGCUCAGAUCUCCAAGUCGUACCCCAAACGUGUACGUAUCUUCUCUUCUCGUAUAGUCCUCCUAGGAGCAAACCUCCUUCCAAUGAAGCCUGCGGUGUCAGUGAUGUUUCUUCUUUUCCUGGUUCUACUACUAUCGGCUAACAGAUCUCAAGGGACCAGAGUGUUGGAAGAAGAGUCACUGGCUCCCCUGCACCGCCAAGUCCAUGUCAGUGGCUUCUCGGAGAAAGAGAGUUUGAUGAAAGAAGCAGAAGAAGAAGAGAGCGGGGUUCCAGGAGAACUGCUCCGACGGGGAUCACAAGGGGAUCUCUCAGGAAAGAGCAGGAAACUCAUGACCAAUGCGAUGGCCACCUCUAAGAGCGGUAAGAGCAACGACGUGGGAGCCGACAGUGCACAGAACAAUCAGAAACAUUCCAAGGAUGAAGCCGAUAGGAGCCAAGACGACACCCACACGGCGCCGCCUGCUUCGAAGCGACCGCCGACCUACCCCGACAUCCUGGACAUAGCGGGAAUGGACUAUUCUCCUGCAAAGAGAAAGCCUCCAAUCCACAACUGAAACGUUAGCAGGAACAAACCAAUACCAACAGCUUAGGUGGGUAGAGUAGGAGAGAGAUCGGACAGCAGCAUUGCAGGAAAUGCUGCAGUUUUCUUGGCUUAGGUCCCAUUUUGUGUAGAUACUACUAAAAAGUAUGCAUCAUCGUUAUAUUUAUCAA